AUGAUUAGAGGAAUGGGACGCGCGCGUGCUCCAUUUACUUGCGAUGCCUGGUCUUCUCCGGAGCUUCUUUCCAAGUUUUCAGAGGUUGUGGGAGUUGACCUCGUUGUGGCUUUCGACUAUGAAAUCGCUAAUAUCAACAUCUCAGCGGACGAUCCGGCCAGCGCGGCUUUGCACAAUGGGGAUAACACCCUAGACAAUGAGCCACCGGCCUUUUCGUGGCACUAUGACAGCUUUCCUUUCGUUUGCGUGACAAUGCUUUCAGAUUGCACUGGAAUGAUUGGCGGAGAGACAGCGAUAAAGACACCCUCUGGGGAAAUCAAAAAGAUCCGUGGGCCAGCCAUGGGAACUGCAGUCAUCAUGCAAGGGAGGUAUAUCGAGCAUCAAGCGCUGAAAGCCCUUGGCGGCCGCGAACGUAUCAGCAUGGUCACUCCUUUUCGUCCCAGGUCCCCCUUUAUCAGGGAUGAGCUCGUCCUGACAGGGUCAAGAGCAAUCAGCAAUGGGUCAGAACUUUAUACUGGGUACACUGCAUAUCGAUUGGAGCUCUUGGAAGAGCGUUUCCGCGCAAAAUUAAACGACGAGAAGCAAAGGCAGUCUGGAAAGCAUCGCUUCAGUAUCUCUGACAUGGUAAACUUUUUAACGGAGCAGAAAGGUUUCCUGGAAACCACGAUCGCUGAGCUCACUGAGGUCGAAGACAUGGAUUAG